AUGAGUCCCUUCUGGUUGGUCUAUCGCAAAGCUUGCCAUCUCCCGGUUGAGAUAGAGCACAAAGCGUAUUGGGCGGUUAAGGAGUUCAACAUUGGGUUGCAAAAGGUGAGUGUAGAAAGGAAGCUACAGUUGGAAGAGUUAGAGUGUUUGAGGUUGAAGGCUUACGAUAAUGCUCGCAUACACAAAGAAAAAACUAAAGCAGUGCAUGACUGGCAUAUCAAGCAGAAUGAAUUCCGAGUGGGUAAUUUGGUACUACUAUACAAUUCAAGGUUGAGGUUGCUACCCAGAAAGCUCAGAUCAAGAUGGGAUGGUCUAUAUAUUGUUGAUAAAAAUGAGCCCUAUGAAGUUGUUCACUUAUAUCAUCUCAAGUUAUACCAUCAUAUCAAUCCCAAGAGUGACAAGGAGGUGAAAAUUGUCUUUUUGAAGGAUCCACCCGGAGCUUGCAAAUGA